CCCCAUCCCCCACCCCCUCCAGCGCCGCCUCGAUCCAGCCCCGUCGCCGCGACCGAACAACACGGUGACCGUACGCCGCGCCGGGUGGGUAAAAGAGUGCUCCGCUCCCUUGGCCCCAACUCUCGCUUCCUUCAUUUCGUCCUUCCUUUCUCUUGUCUCCACCCCUAACCCAGUUUGGCAUUUCCUCGAACACGUUGCGCGCUCGCUCGCUUCUCCUCCUUCGUAGGUGAUUUUCAUCAGAUAAAGCGAGGGGGAAAUAUGCCGUUUCGUGUUCGGUUGAAGGUGCAGACGAGCACGGCGAGUCAGUUGUUCGCCCAGAGGAACUGGGGCGGCGGUGGGAUGGCUGGUGGAAAGAUGAGAAACAGAAGAGAAGAUGCCAAUGGUAAAGGAGGGACUGGAUUUGCUGGUCGGAAGAAGGGCGAGAAGAGAGAAGACCACAAGGGUGGUGGAGGAAAUACGGAGCAGAAGAGGUGGCAGAGCAGGGCAGGAUCCUAUGCCGACGCGAAGAGGGGUGCAUCGGGGGUUGACAAGAGGAAGAGGAAGGGUGAUCAUGACUCAUGGCAUGAUGGUGACAAUGAUGCCUCAUUUUCUAAACCAAGGCCGGCCAGAAGGAACCCUUCCACUGUGACCCGUGGGAAGUUUUCUGCUAGGGAAGGCGACAGGUUUAAGCCUCGAAGUUCGGAAGAGGACGACUUUCGCUCAAUGAGAAGGAGCAGCAGCAAGGCUUCUGGUAUAAGUAGAGGGGACAAGGGUCGAUCAAUGAUCUGUAUGAAUUCACAAGCCUCCAAAUGGAAGAAAUUUGAUAAAGAUGUCAGAGUCAAUCGCCGAAAUGAUGGUGCUGCAAAUGCCGAUUUAAAUGAGCAUGUUGCAGGAAGCAGGAAGUCGGAUGACUUGAGCCAGAUUACUGAAGAGAAGCCCCGUCCCCAAACUACUCGGGUGCUGGACAAGACUGGCAAGAAACUCAGGGUCUUUAAGAAGGAUUCAGUUUCUGACUCGGAGGAAAUUGCUCCUCCUAAGAAGAGAAAGCGAAUGAAACUAGAUCCUUAUGACACAUCAAACAAACGAAUUGAGGACUCCACUCCAAAACAGGAUGUUUGCAUAGCGGAGAAGAUUAUCCCAGAAAAGAGUACACCUGAAGAGACUGAAAUGUCUAUAAAUGCUAAAUUUCGUGACAUACAGCCGAGUUCUUCAAUCCUUUCAUAUGUGGAAGAUAAUUUACUAGGUCGUAGGCGUCUAAUCGACAUAAAAAAUGCUGGCUACAAUGCCAAGCUUUCUGCUCCUCUGGAUAAUGUCCCUUUCUCAACCAGAACUGAACGUGACCGGAUAGAAGAUAGUGUGUUCAGGAAUAAGUUAGACUUCUUCGCCGCUGCAAAGAUCUCAUCAUCAUUCCCUCCUCCUACAAUCCCAGAGAUAGCAUUUGCAGGGGUAUCAAAUGUUGGGAAAUCUUCACUACUGAAUGCACUUACAAGACAGUGGGGUAUUGUGCGGACAUCAGAUAAGCCAGGACUUACUCAGAGUAUAAAUUUCUUCCGGCUUGCAUCAAAGUUAUGCCUUGUUGAUUUGCCUGGAUAUGGUUUUGCUUAUGCAAAAGAGGAAGUUAAAGAAUCGUGGCAGGAGCUUGUGAAGGAGUAUGUUUCAACCAGGGUUGGUCUAGAUAGAGUGUGCCUUCUUGUGCACACUAAACGUGGAAUGAAACCAUUGGACUAUGAGCUUAUAGAUCUAAUGGAAAGAUCCAAGACGCCAUACCAGAUUGUGUUGACCAAGACCGAUUUGGUUUUCCCCAUAGAUGUCGCUCGACGUGCUAUGGAAAUCCAAGAGAGCCUGAGAAAGAACAAGUCUGUGGUAAAGCCAGUGAUGAUGGUGAGCUCCAAGACAGGAGCCGGCAUACGUAACCUUAGAGGAGUGCUCGGAAAAUUAGUCCGCUUCGUCAAACCAUAGCUGAGGCGACAGCGUACAUUGGAUCAGGUAGUUCACAGGUUUAAGCACUUGGGCUUUUAAGCCUUGAGUUCCUACCCCAGUUAGGAUAGGAUUCGGAAAGCCGUGCUGUGUCAUGAGCCAAGACUUUGGACCAAUAAAACAGUUUUCCUGUCUGAGGAAAAGGGGUUAUGCUUGCCAUCACAACUUAUUGCAUGCUUUCAAACAUGUCAAGAUGCGUAGAGCUAUUGUGAGAACAACCACUCAAGCUAAGAGCUUAUUUUCUGCUGGGUUCAA